UAAAAUUCAUCAAGACUCCUCCUUUCUCUUCUUUGCGCAAAUUCAAGUAUUGAACUCUGCAUAAACUAAAACAAAGUGAAUCUCUAUAAAAUCCCUUCUAAAAUUGUUACAAAGUUCUCUUCUUUUUGCAUCACAUAUUCUUGCCAAUACAACUUUCAAGAAACAAAGAAAGAAAAAGAGUUGUUCCUUUCUACUAGAUGAACGAGCCACUAUAGAGACCAAGGGCAAAUCCAUCAUUUAGCUCAAAUGACAAAAGAGAAACAUCCUGAGCCCGCUCUAUGAAAACAACCUCUAGUGAUAUGGACUGCGUUCACUUGCUGUCUCCGGACCCCACUUGUUGGGAAUUGUUGUUGUUGACAAAAGAGAAACAUCCGCUCCUUGUCAAGUGUUGAGAAUUUUCUUUUCUCCAAAUAUUCAAGGCCUUCUCUUUAACUUCAACUUCAUCUUUUCAUUUGGAUGUGCAGUUUUAGGUGUGCAAUCCUUCAAAUAAAAGUGUAGUAGCUAGCAUCAUAUGGGAAGAAGCAUUGGAGGAGUAAUGGAAGAAGCAAAUGCCAAGUCCACCUUAUCCCCACCUAAUACCUACAAGGCAGUUGUACUUGGUGGUACUUUUGAUCGCUUACAUGAUGGCCACCGCCUUUUUCUUAAGUUGGCUGCAGGAUUAGCAAACAAUCGAAUUGUGGUUGGUGUUUGUGAUGGUCCAAUGUUGUCUAAGAAACAGUAUGCUGAUCUGAUAGAGCCAAUUGAGCUAAGAAUGCAGCAUGUUGAAGAUUAUAUCAAGUCUAUAAAACCGGAGCUGAUAGUGGAAGUAGAACCAAUAGUGGAUCCCUACGGUCCAUCAAUCGUCGAUGAGAAUUUGGAGGCUAUUGUUGUCAGCAAGGAGACAUUGCCAGGUGGACUGUCUGUUAAUAGGAAGAGGGCUGAAAAAGGACUUGCGCAGCUAAAGAUCGAAGUUGUAGAUCUAGUCUCUGAAGAAUCAAGUGGAGACAAACUAAGUUCUACUGCUUUGAGAAAACUUGAAGCUGAGAAGUUCAGGGACAAUCAUCCGAGAAGCUGGAGUUAACUUUUCUUGUCUGUACUCACGACUCAAGUUUGUUUUAUUUCAAUUUGCUUUGUUAGUAUUCACAAGGAAACAGUAGCCAUCAUAGAUGUGAAAUUGUAGGGAAAAAUAAUACACAAGGAAACAGUAGCCAUCAUAGAUGUGAAAUUGUUGUGAAAAAAUAAUCAUCUCUUCUUCAGAGUCUACUGGAGAUGUUUCCACAUUUACCUGUAAAUCUAUAAAAUGUGUUUGUUGAUCCAUGCA